UCCCACUUAUUACCGGCAGGGUUACCGGUACUAACUGGAAGUUCACUACCUACUUGAUUGUAUGUAGAGGAAUUACGUCAUCCUGGUGGUUUAUUCUCCUAUCUUUCAGACACCAAUAGUCCUUACCCUAGAAGGGCGCCCGACAUACUCACUCGGCCUCGGUGCUUGUAUACGUCCCAGCAAAAGCUGUCUCAUUUCUCCAACAGCAAACACCCGGAGACCGCCACACAAAAGAACGCCAUUCACCUUACCACACACCUACGGAGGUAGCAAAGGGACAAUGUCGUCAACCGCCUCCAUUCCACCGGAAGAAAUCGCCAAAGCCGCCGAGGCGGCCAAGGCGGCCAAGCACCUGCAGGAUGCGGCGGACACUCUUAAGGCACGGGCUGCAGCUGUCAAGGACCCCGCCGAGCGGGAGCGGCUGUUUCAGGCCGCCUACGACAAGGAGGUUGAGGCCCACGGGCAGAGCAAGAAAGCCCGGCUGAUGGCGAGCGGGUGGGGGCAAGGCGCCGCGGCGGGAAUCGGAGCCUCGAGCGCCAUAGGCAUGGGGCUCGGCAACCUCGUGGGCGUGCUUCUCAGCGGCGUUGUUGCCAUUCCCGGCGCGCUAGUGGGCGCCGGCGUCGGGGCGCUGCACGGACCAUGGUAUAAGCCUUCUACUAAGAAAGCCGGGGAGGACAGUGCGUCGGGUGGGUUGCAGGAGGACGAGGAGGCGCACCGUGCUGUGAUUGCCGCCGCUAAGCAGGUCGAGGAAGAGGAGCAGGAGCAGGAGGGGAAGAACGGUAAAGCGGCGCAAAGGGAGGAGAGGAACAAGGAGGAGGACGAGAUGGCGAAGAGCAGUGGUGACAUAGGGAGGUAAGUGAGGCAGCAUACUUCGUC